AUGCAGUACCAUACAAUGGCUUCUUCUCCACCGGACACUAGCAAAACAACAAAGAUGGAACGCUAUAACAGCUACAUCCGCCGUGUGAACAGCACGAAGCUCCUUCAAGCCUCCUCAAAACUCCUCUUCCGUGUAACCCUUUUAGUUGCCCUUCUUUUGAUCUUGUUUUUCACUCUUAAUUAUCCGCCAAUUACGGAUAAUCCGCAUCAUAUUCACUCCAAGAAUCAUUUGUUCUCCUCUGCCUUUUAUGGAAGCGGUGCCGCCUGGGAAAAACAAGUUCGCCACUCUGCCACACCUCGACGCCCUAAUGGGUUCUCUGUGUUGGUCACUGGGGCUGCCGGAUUUGUCGGCGUGCAUUGUUCCUUGGCGUUGAAGAAACGUGGUGAUGGUGUUUUGGGUUUGGAUAAUUUUAACUCUUACUAUGAUCCAUCGUUGAAAAGGGCAAGACAGAAGUUACUUGGUAAGCAUCAAAUCUUUGUAGUCGAGGGAGAUAUUAACGAUGCCGAACUGCUAAAUAAGCUCUUCGACAUUGUCCCAUUCAGCCAUAUUCUUCACCUGGCGGCGCAAGCUGGGGUUCGUUAUGCUAUGCAGAACCCACUUUCGUAUGUAAAUUCAAACGUAGCUGGAUUUGUGAACUUGCUUGAGGUUGCAAAAUCUGCUGAUCCACAACCCGCCAUUGUUUGGGCUUCUUCAAGCUCCGUUUACGGGUUAAACACAGAAGUCCCAUUUUCAGAGGGCCACAGGACUGACCAGCCGGCGAGCUUAUACGCCGCCACAAAAAAGGCCGGCGAAGAAAUUGCUCACACUUAUAAUCACAUUUACGGGCUGUCCCUUACUGGGUUGAGAUUCUUCACUGUUUAUGGACCAUGGGGCAGGCCGGACAUGGCUUACUUCUUCUUCACCAAGGACAUACUCCAACACAAGCCGAUUAACGUGUAUGUUACACCAGACGGCAAGGAGGUGGCGCGUGAUUUCACCUACAUCGAUGAUAUAGUAAAAGGAUGUGUCGGCGCACUCGACACGGCGGAGAAGAGCACCGGAAGCGGCGGCAAGAAGCGUGCGCCGGCGCAGCUGAGAGUGUACAAUCUAGGAAACACCGCCCCCGUGACAGUGAACAAAUUGGUGGGCAUCUUAGAAAGUUUGCUGAAUGUGAAGGCGAAGAAACACGUGAUCAAGAUGCCAAGAAACGGUGACGUUCCAUACACCCAUGCUAACGUGAGCCUUGCGUACAGGGACUUCGGGUACAAGCCCACCACGGAUUUGGCUACAGGAUUGAGAAAAUUCGCAAAGUGGUACACUAGUUAUUAUGGGAUUGAAUCAAGGGUAAAAAAGGAAAUUCAAUCAGAUGAUUAA